AUGGCUGCGCCCGCGACAGACGCCGGGGAGUUUGAAAGCUGGCUAAAUGAUCGGCUAGACUCGCUAGAAGUGGACCGCGAGGUGUACGGGUCGUACAUUUUAGGGGUCCUGAAAGAAGAGGAGAGUGACGAGGAGAAAGAAGAUGCGCUUCAAGACAUUCUAUCCGCAUUUCUGGAUGAGGAGAGCGUGGUAGACGUCUGCAAACAGAUCAUCAAGCAGUGGACCGAUUGGUGCAACAGACGGGCAGACACACGUGACCCAGGAGAUGCCGAGGUCCAGGCCAUCGCUAACUUGAUAGAAAAACAAGCUCGGAUUGUGGUGAAACACAAGGUGUCCGAGGAGCCCAAGACAAUGAAAGAAGGGAAAGAAGCCCUCCUUGCUCAGUACGCCAACAUCACGGACGACGACACUGAAGCCGAAGAAGAGGAGGCUACCAGUGGACACCACUUCCCAGUGGGUGAAAAGUCCCUGUUCAAGAACACAAACGUGGAAGAGGUGCUGAGCAGGCAAAAGCAGAAGCGGGACCAGGCUCGCGACGACGCCCAGAAGAAGAAGGAGGGGGACAAGAUGCAGCGGGAGAAGGACAAACUCACCAAACAAGACCGCAAAGACAAGGAGAAGAAGCGCACGCAGAAAGGUGAACGCAAAAGAUAAAACCCAAGGGAAAGGACACUUUGCACUUGGAGAAGUUUUGUUACUCGCAAAGAUGAAAUUGCCUCUUUUCAGCGAAACCUCAUUGGCCCAUUUAGUACGUGAACAUGUCUUCAUCACACCCGCCAUGUUGAUCCCUCUCUCCAUACGUGUAAAGAACAAUGUAAUGGGCUGCAUGCUGCGCAUGUCCAACAUCUGUGUUUUCUGGGGAUGCCGAUAUGUGGAACAGAGAAAAUGCUGUCCUGGAAUAAAGCUUCCUGUGUUUUAGAGGAUGACGUGUUGCUUCUCCUUUGACACGGCGGCCCCUGAAACGACCCGAGUGGGCUCUUGAGCCGGGAGACGCUCGUCUCCUCUGCGCCGCCUUCUCAGUUCUGCACUCAUUAACUUUGGGUUUUAGUUCUGACCUAUGCAUUUUGCCCAAGAAUAACACAAAAGGAGAGGUAGCUAAUUAUACCUCGAAUGUGCACAUGUACCACGUUUAUAAAGAGGGUGAUCGUCUUUUGAAAUGAAGAAUAAAGAAACGUUUUCAGCAA